AUGUUGUUUCAGUUCUGUUUGGCUGUGCGCCCAUUUUUGUUGAAGAGGUUUCCCUUCGUUGCGACGUUUCGAGUUCUGUUUGGCUGUGCGCCCAUUUUUGUUGAAGAGGUUUCCCUUCGUUGCGACGUUUCGAGUUCUGUUUGGCUGUGCGCCCAUUUUGUUGAAGGAUUCGAU